ACAAAUUUUUCUAAUUCUUUGUAAAUAUAAUUUAAAUGAUCAUUUAUUGUUUAUUGUUAUUAUUUUGGUUACUUUUUGGUGUUUGUGGUGUUUUUUAGUGAGACUCGUUUUUUAAUUACUUCCUUGCGAACAAAUGAAUGGGAAGAAUUGAUUUCAAUCCAUUCAAUUGUGAAUACAAUUUAUUUUCAAUGACAUAUUUAAAUUAUAUUCUAUAUUCAGUUAAUUUAACCAUCUACUGAUUAACAAAGUGUCAGAUAAUUUUUGUUUGUAUAAUAGAAAAGAACAAAAUUAAUCGGCUUCUCAUCACAUUAUUGGUUAUGUCUGGUCACAAUUGUCGGAAAAAGGUUAGCUUAACCUAUGUAAUUCGUGAUGAGGUGGAAAAGUUUCACAGAUCAGGAAUUAAUUCAUUACAAUUUGAUCCAACAUUAAACCGGUUGUACUCAGCUGGACGUGAUUCUAUCAUUAGAAUAUGGAAUCUACGAAAUCCUAAAGAGCCUUAUCUCCAGUCAAUGGAGCACCAUACUGAUUGGGUUAAUGAUAUUGUUAUUUGUUGCAAUGGUAAGAAUCUCAUCACCGCAUCAAGUGAUACUACGGUCAAGGUCUGGAAUGCUCAUAAAGGUUUCUGCAUGUCCACCCUGCGAACCCACAAGGAUUAUGUUAAAGCGUUAGCCUAUGCGAAGGACAAGGAACAGGUCGCCUCCGCUGGCCUGGAUCGAGCAAUAUUCUUAUGGGAUGCAAAUACAUUGACCGCCUUAACAGCUUCCAAUAAUACAGUUACCACUUCAUCUCUUACUGGUAAUAAAGAUUCAAUCUAUAGCCUUGCCAUGAAUCCAUCGGGUACAGUUAUUGUUUCCGGUUCAACGGAGAAAGUUAUUCGUGUUUGGGAUCCAAGAAGUUGCCAGAAAUUAAUGAAACUUAAAGGUCAUUCCGAUAAUGUAAGAGCUCUAAUGGUUAACCGGGAGGGAACUCAAUGUCUCUCCGCUUCAAGUGAUGGUACCAUUCGUCUAUGGUCAUUGGGUCAGCAAAGAUGCAUUCUCACCAUGAGGGUUCAUGAUGAAGGUGUUUGGGCUUUACAGGUUAACGAAACGUUUACCCAGUGUUAUUCAGGUGGAAGAGAUAAAAAGUUAAUCAUGACUGAUUUAAGGAAUCCAGAAAAUCGGGCUGUGAUAUGUGAGGAAAGUGCACCCAUACUGAAAAUGCUUCUCGUCCCACCGGAUUACAAUAGUAUCUGGGUUUCGACCACCGAUUCGUGUAUCAAAAAUUGGUCUCUUUCUCAUAGUCGAUUGAAAAACUUUUCCCAUUCCAAUUGGGAUGAUUAUGAUUCUGAUUUAUCUCCACCUUUAAACAAUAAACCCGAAAUGGUUAUAAUGGGUAAUCCAGCUCUUCGUCAGUAUCAAAUUCUCAAUGAUAGACGAUUCAUUCUUACCAAAGAUACUGAUUGUAAUGUUGCAAUUUACGAUGUGCUCAAGGCGAUUAAAGUACAAGAUCUUGGAAAGGUUGAUUUAGAGGAAGAGGUUAAGAAAAGAUUUAAAUCAAUUUAUGUGCCAAAUUGGUUUAUAGUUAAUCUGAAAUCGGGAAUGUUAUCAAUCCACCUAGAAGAACCUGACUGCCUAUCAGCUUGGGUUUCUGCUAAAGAAUUUGGAUUCGCCAGUCCCAACGAUCCAUCCGAUCCUAAAAUUAACCUUGGACAUUUACUACUUCAAGCGCUUUUUGAACAUUGGCCACCACAAAUACACAGUUAUAAUCGUAGUCAUCAUUCCGGGUCCAGUGAACAUGAUGGAGAUCCAUUGGUCAAUGGGGGCGAUGAAGAGAAUCUAGAGGAAUCUGGUCGAAGGUCAGAAGAAUCGGGAAAAAUUGUAAUCCAAAGACCUUACAAUCAAUAUUUUAGUGUUCCAGCUCAUACACCGAUCAUUUUAAGCGAAGGAAGUAAUCGAACAUUAUUACGACUUUUAGUGGGCGAUGCUCGUCGGGAAACGGAAGACAUGUUAUUACAAGAAAAUGUUCCUCUAUGGAUUAGUGAAGCAUUAUUUUUCCAUAAAUUGCCAAAGUUUACGAAAACAUCAUUCUUCCUUUUACCUCAUCCCUCUUCUGGUAUUAAAUCAUAUCAAAGAAAAGAUCGAUUAACAGCUAAUGAUCUUUUACAAGUUCGAAAAGUUAUUGAACAUGUUUAUGAGAAAGUUUUAGGUGUUGGUCUUGAUGGUUCUACAACCGGUGGUACUGGAAAUCCUUCGGGUGGAUCAACAGCUACUUCAGCUGGAGUAACAGCUUCAGGAGUUGGUGGUAAUGGUUCAACUGGAGGAUUAUCGUCAACUAAUUCAACUGGUCACAAUAAUAAUAGUCAAGAAAGAUCAUCCGAUUCCAGUGUUUCUGGUAAUUUGGAUAAAGAAGAUGAUAAAAUACUGCCAGAGGAAAAGGUGGAAUUACUUUGUCAAGAUCAAGUACUCAAUCCAAAUAUGGACCUUCGGUCAGUUAGACAUUUUAUUUGGAAAAGUGGCCAAGAUUUAGAACUACAUUUUCGACCCAUCAAAUGAGGAUAUUCACCUUAAGAAUGGGAUGCUCACAAUUUCAUCAUCGACAUCAUCAUCUCUCAAGUCUAAUUAUAAAAAUCAUUCGGCGAAAAUUAUGUAUCUCUCUCCCUUUACUUCCUCUUUCUCUCUUCAUCUACAAUUCUGGAACCAAAACAGAUCAAGAAAACGAAGACAAAUCCUGCUAAUUGACACCUUUUUCAUUCUCUAACCAUUUCUUUAAUCACAAUUAGCCAAUCAAAGAAAUGACCUAAAGCCUUAAACACAAAAAAAAAACUUAUUUCAUCUUCUCCUCGCACUCACAACCAAGGGUACUAAUGACGACCAAGACGCUAAGAGAAUCACCACCAACCGAUGGAUGAGCGAUGUUUUUUUGCCAUGGACAGAAUUUUCGACCUUUGUGUAUAAUCACAUUGAUAUUGUAAACAAAUUUUCACACCAUCAACAAUUAAUUGUUUGAUUACCACUAGUCUAAUGAAAAGACAAUUGUCUAUUCCUCUCAUCAACCAUUUAUCCAAUUCCACCUUCUCUUUUCCCUAUUUCUCAAUCUUUCGCAUCUUUAUCGUUCCAAUUUUCUUUUCACUAUCUUCAUCUUCAUCUUCAUCAUCAUCACUCACUCGCUCCUCUCUCGAUCUUGUUAUACGAAUAAUUAUAAUAUUAAUGAUAAUAUUGAUUGAUAACAAUUAAUAAUAAAUCUGGGGUAAGAUCCUAGUUAUGAUUGCAA